GCGCGUCGGCAACAGAGACUCUCCCCGCUUUGCUUUGUCAGCCACGUGGUACAUAUGAAGUGAUCAAUAAAGUCCAUUUUAAAUACCGUAUCUCGUUUUUUUGUGAGAGCUGGCGCUGCGACGCGGCCUUAUGGAUUGGCCUCCCCACCGGGCACAUUUCAACCCCACCUAGCUGCAAUUCAAUACUUUACAUAAAACAGCGAAAAACAGCAUAAGCCCGAGUGGCCUAUUCAUUUACGGUCCUUGACCAACUGCUCGAUGUAAAUGGUCUCUCUCCUUAUUUCUGGAACUUUGUACGAGCACCAUUCAGUUUUUAAUGUUCCGAACAGGCCAAUCUGCAAACUUAAGCUGAGCUCGACAGAAGCUCUAUCUUAUGGAAAUGACAGUUUUCAAGCUCACAAUUGCUAUUAACGUGCUCAUUUGAGCGGCGGGGCGCAUACCGAGAUCCUGUGAUUUCAUUGCCAUGGUUACAGCAUUUCCACUGGUCCCCCUCCCCAUUAUUUCAUUCUGUAACAAAGCUUCAGUAAGCACACAAACUGGAAGGGAGGGGGCAUGAUGAUGUCAUCCUUUCUGGUCAUUGCCAUUGAAGAAGCUGGUGUGCAGCCUUCCUCCUCUUCAUCCGUCAUCACCUCAUCUUCACCUUCCUCGGCCUUGCGGGGGUCCGUCUGCUUAUUAGGACGAGUCGCCGAAGCGCAACUUGAGCUUCCAGGCACAAAACGGCCUGAAAUGUCAGCGGAGGUCCACUAAAGAAACCCACCCAAAAUGCGCUAUGAACCAAGAUGUAAGAAGUCCGGUCUUUCGUUUUUUAUUCAUUUUUUUUUAUUCUCGUGGAUGAUGACCUCCCGGCAGUGUAGCGGGGCUGCCGCUGCCCGGAGAGGAGGAGGAGGAGGUGGAGGAGGUGGGGGGCAGAAGAGGAAGAGACGCGUAGAAGGGUGUCGACGGUGAGCGGAGGCAGGGGUGGAGGAGAGGCACAGAAGGUGGGCGAAAAUAUCCAUGAGGCUUUUGAUGAGCUCGCAAUAAUGGCCGCUAAAUCAGACGGGGUCCUGAAGAUGAAGAAGAGCGACGUGGCCUUCACGCCCCUGCAGAACUCGGAGCACUCCGGCUCGGUGCAAGGGCUCCACCCGAGCGGCCAACACGACUCGGCGGGCGCCGGGGACGCCGACUUCGCCAACGGGGAGUCGCGAUGCUGCGGCGCCGGCGGAGGCUCCGACUCGGCGUGUCUGCGCUUGGGCAGGGAGCAGCAGCAGCAACAGCAGCAGCUCAAGUACACGCUGUGGGACUGCCUGUGGAUCGUAGCCGCAAUAGCCGUGUUUGUGGCCGACGUGGGCACCGACGUGUGGCUGUCAGUCGACUAUUACCUCCACCGAGACUACUGGUGGUUCGGCCUGACACUCUUCUUCGUCGUGCUGGGUUCCUUCUCGGUGCAGCUCUUUAGCUUCCGAUGGUUCGUUCACGACUUCAGCGCGGAGGACGCGGCGGAAGCCGCCGCCGCCGAUUGCUCGCACAUGGACGGCAAAAAGCUACUGAGCGGCUCGGCCUCACACGGCGACGUGAGCGCUCAGCUUCCUCCGACCACGCCGCAGAGGCAGGCGUCGACCGCCAGUAAAAACACUCCGACCAACAGCACCGGCAGCGCCGCCGCGGGCAGACGGACUCGGAAACGCUCGGCCUCCUACUCCGCGUGGAUGUGGUUCUCUCAGUCCCUCAUUCACAUCUUCCAGCUGGGCCAGAUAUGGAGGUACCUCCAUACCAUUUAUCUGGGCGUUCGGAGUCGCCAGAGUGCCGAGACGGACCGCUGGCGUUACCACUGGCGGAUGAUUUAUGAGUUUGCGGACGUGAGCAUGCUGCAUCUGCUCGCCACCUUUCUGGAGAGCGCGCCGCAGUUGGUGCUGCAAUUGUGCAUCAUCAUACAGACGCACAAACUUCAGGCUGUGCAAGGUAUGACGGCGGCGGCCUCCCUGGUCUCCCUGGCCUGGGCCCUGGCCUCCUACCAGAAGGCCCUGCGAGAGUCUCGGGAGGACAAGAAGCCCGUCGCCUACCUGGCUGUCAUCAUCCAGUUCUGCUGGCACUUCUUCACCAUCGCGGCCAGGGUCAUCACCUUUGCCCUCUUUGCGUCCGUGUUCCAGCUCUACUUUGGCAUCUUCAUCGUGCUGCACUGGUGCAUCAUGACCUUCUGGAUUGUCCACUGCGAGACGGACUUCUGCAUCAGCAAGUGGGAAGAAAUUGUGUUUGACAUGGUGGUGGGCAUCAUCUACAUCUUUUCCUGGUUCAAUGUAAAGGAGGGGCGGACAAGGUGUCGCCUUUUCAUCUACUACCUGGUGAUCCUGCUGGAGAAUACGGCUCUCAGCGCAUUGUGGUACAUCUACCGCUCACCUCAGCCCACCGACUCCUUCGCUGUGCCGGCGCUCUGCGUCAUCUUCAGUAGUUUCCUCACCGGGGUGGUUUUCCUGCUCAUGUACUACGCUUUUUUCCAUCCAAACGGCCCGCGUUUCGGACACUCGUCCAGCUGCCAGCGCCUCGACCUGGACGCCGGCGCUCAGUUCUCCACGCUGCCCUCCGAGGGCGGGACGAAUUCCCUGCGCUCCAACCGGGGAGCCGCCGCCUCCGCCGCCACGUUGGAGCGCGACGCCGGCAAAUACGCGGAGCGGGAUGGCUGCGCGCCGGUGUUUCAGGUCCGGCCCGCCGUGCCGUCCACGCCGUCGUCUCGCGCGGCCCGCCUCGAGGAGACGGUGGUCAAGAUCGAUCUGUGCCGAAACCGCUACCCGGCCUGGGAGCGCCACGUCCUGGACCGGAGUAUCCGCAAGGCGCUUUUGGCCAUCGACUGCUCGCCGACUCCUCCGCGGCUGCAGUAUAAAGAUGACGCCCUGGUGCAAGAGAGGUUGGAGUACGAAACCACGUUAUAGUGCUCCCGAAGCUCCGCUUGGCCAAACCGAUGGGGGGUGACCGCAUCUUGCCGCCCGUCUCGUCCCCCCCCAUCCCCCUUCUUUCUCUGCCCGCUCUGUGACCUCCCGGCGUUUGUUUGAUUUGGAUUGGAUUUUCUUGACUUGGGCUCGUCAGGGAAUGCCAUCGGAAGAGUCCAUCUCAACGCAGCGUCGAAAAGCUCAAAAGAGGCGAGUGCGGCUGUUUGAUCCCAGGUUGGCUUGGGGGUGAGGUCACCUACUCGAGUCAUCAGAUGUCGCAGGCGUAUCCUGAAAUCACACUUGAAUUUCUGAGCAACACUCGGUUCGGAAAACGAGUGACGGCACGGGAGUCUCUCCGUCGACUCGAAGACAACGGAUAACGCGCAGCGGUUCUUCCCAGUGGCCUGGCUGGCGAAGAACAAAAAGCGACACAACUAACGGAGCCCAUCUCCUCUCUCCAACUCACCGCUUGCCAUGAAAGAAAAAAAGCAAAAAACAAACCGCAUCCCCCCCCCCCCCCCCCCCCCCGGCAGCUCAAUAACAGCCCCCUUCCACUUAGCUGACACUCGUUGAUGUCGUGAAGUAGAACGGAAUGGAAACGACCGGUGCGGACAGUCCAAAGGAAAGGCCAAAUCGAAGCAAGUGGGAUUUACAAAACUACUCGGGCAUUUUCUCACUUUUUCGCGAGAGUCUUGUUCUGGAUGUGAAGUAUCGUGCUAAAGUCUUCGAUCACUCACUGUGAGAGAUGUCGUUUUGGCACAUAUGAUAUGCUGGAGUACAAGGGGGGGGGGGGGUCCAAACUUUUUCGUUUGAGGAUGAAAAGGCCAUUUUUCAAAUUUUUCAACCCGCAAAAGCAAUCGUGGAUUCUUGGUCUGAUCCAAUCCAUUUCUUCAGCUUUCUGUUAAGGGCGUUACGGCAGAUAAUCUCCCGCUUUCGGCACCCCCCCCCCAAAAAAGACCACACCGGAGUCAGGUGACCAUUUUUCAAACGGUUACUCGAGGAUCGUUCAUGUGAUGCCUUCACCCAUCGGCCAUUGAGCACAAAGUCUUGAGUCUUUUCUUCCCAACUCUGUUUCGUCUUGGAAAAAUCUGAACUUUUUGGUGGAUAUGACAAAUUGACGUUUGAAAAUGUUACGAUCUGCCUUUUAAAAGGCCAUGCAUCCAUUGUACCCGUCAAGUAUGAAUCAACCGGGAGAAGAGAAAUUGACUUUGUUUUCAACUUCAAAGUUAGAAUUUUUGAUAUCAUUGGCAGUCUUUGUUUUUGUUGCUAAAGCGAUGAGACAAAGACAGGUGAGCGUGUGAAAUGAGCACAAUGGUUCAUUUUUUUUCCAUUUCAGAAGCUCAUUUUCGUCUCUCUUUUCGGGGAAUCGGAAACCGUCCGUUUGCCGCAGCGUGUCGCCGUGACGUGUCGGCCAGACACCGGUCGCAGGCGUGUGAUUUGUCAGCGUAGCGUAGACCUCCUCUCUUGACACGGCAUCAAGGCCUGCUCAAACCAUCAUGAAGGGGAACCGCCGUCUGAGUUUGGAUGAGCGGCAACACCAAGUUGAGAUCAUUCAAAAAACACAAAUGAUGAUGGAAAUUAAUUUCUUUAUCCCGUCCCACACUUGUAUGAGCGUCUGUUCAAGUCUCCGCGUAGACAAAUGACACCGCAUAUCCUGAAUAUGGCAGGUGAUCAAUUUCGAGCUUAACUGUAAAUAAACAUAUGCAAAAUGUACAUGUUGAAUUAAAAAUAGAACAUUUUUCCUCUCGAGUUCUGACUGUGAAGAGUGUCGUUUGAGGUUGGACGCCAAUAGGAUGGCUGUGACUAUGACAAUACAAAGUACUUCAGAGAAUAUGUGUGGUGUAUGUGGUGUAUUUUCCAAAAAAAGAGACUUCUGUUUCAGAAAAAAAGGGCAGUUGCAUUGUGUCCCAAAUGCUAAAAUGUUUGUGGGGGGAAAUGAAAUGUGUUCAAUGGAUGAAGAAUACUUUUUUUUAAAUCCACAAUGACAAAGAUUUUUUUUUAAUUGUAUAUGUGGAGUUUCUUUUUUUGGGGUUUUUUGAUUUGAAUCCCAUGCAAUGCAAACUACCAAAAUUCAUUUAAUAAAGUACACUGUGGUCAUGU